AUGAAAGACGAAUUUCGACAUUUAUAUAAUAGAUUUGAUCAUAUUCUGUUCCUUAUCCAAUAUGCAUUGCCAUUAUUCGUACUGUCAUUCACAUUUGCUCGAAUAGCUUGGGCAUUUAGGGCAACCGAUAUGGCAUCAGAUAGCAACUCAAAAGGUUCCAAUCACACAAGAGCAAAGAACAAGGCUGUCAAAAUGCUAGCACUGAUGGUGAUCACAUUCAUGUUCUGCUGGCUACCGUACGUCCUCUACCAUACUUUCUUAAAUGCAUAUAUGGACUUUAACAAUCCAAAUAUUGGAGUACAUUUAUCUUGGGAUAUAUUGGAUAGCAAUGAGUAG